AUGUUUUUGGUCCUGGUGGGGUGUGGGACUAGACCUAAUCAGGGGGUUCUAAAAUGGAUUAUUGCAUCAUAAUGGGCUGGACUGCUAAAAGGCUGAACAACUGUCUUGUCUAUCAUUUCUAUCACUCAACCAUACAGCCAAUGCUUUUCUUGCGAACCAGCUUGUUAUUUAACUGAGAUAAUGCACGGACGUUGCCGAUCAGCCCGGCCCUCAACCUCCAGGGGCCGGAACAUGAUCUGCCCGCCUGCCCCCACACCCACUUUGAUGGCCUCAGACGGCAGCCUGACCAGCCAAGGAGCCGGUACCAGCCCUGAUCACUCCUGGGCCUUCAGUGCUCAACCAAGGUCUGACCGUCCAGUUACCCGCUACAGGAGGGUACCAUCCCUAGAGGUGUGGAGAAUCCAGUCUGAUUAUCCCCGGACCGGGUCGGCCCGAUCAGACAUGUCCUCCGGUAGGUCCUCAGAACAGGCUCUCGCCCGCCUCCUCGAGGAGACCAUACAAGAGGUGGAAUCUCUCCAAAAGCUGAAUCAUGAGCUGGCAGGGGAUGCUAAGAAGUCCCUCUUCCAAAGGCUGAAAACCUACAUCAAUAAAAAGAGGCACAACAAGGUGGAUGUGCUCCCAUCUCCGGAGAGCCCCGUCGUGGAUCUCCCAGCGGCCAGUAACCCUUGGGUGACCCUCAGCGAUGGGCCAGGAUGCCUCCGCCUUAACACAGUACUCCCCCGUCCAGCCCAGGAAGUGGGCAUGGAGAGAAAAGGCCCUGGAAAGAUCUGGGCCCAAUCAAGAGCUUUGAAUGCCUCAAAACAGGCCCUCGCCAGCAUCCCUGAGGAGACUAUCCAGGAGUUGAUGGAUGAGUUGUCCUGGGAUAUUGAGGACAAACAGGCCAACAAGUCCCCCUGGAAACGUUUUCAGUGCUCCUUCAAGAGGAAGAAGGGCCACACUGCCGACAAAAAGGAAGACAUGACCGCUCAAUGCUGCUUUCCCUACCUUCAUUUCCUGAGAUUGCUCUGCAAAUAAUUAUUCCAGUCAAUUUAUGAGGGAUGGGAGGAGCCAUGUGGAGCGUCCAAAAGUGGGAAAGCCUUCGGCUGGCCAAGACACGUGUGGCCUGGCCAAGCUACAGUCAUCUUCCAACUUCACCGCCCAGCUGAGCAGCGCCGAUCUGUUCAAAGACAAAGGUCAAAGAACAGCUCACCAGGUCAAAGCCUGCAGCUCUACAGGCGCCCCAGAGAGAUUUGGACUCCCAGAUCAUUCCUGCCAGUUGCCAGCAGCGGGAAGACCAACGAUACUGGAUGUUCCUCACCUGCUUCCCAGAGCAAGACCGCCGCUGACCUAGCCGCCCUCUGACAGGUGAACCCCCUUCCAUC